AUGGUAUUUUCCGGAUCCCUGAUUCUCAAUAGAACGUGGACAGCUGCACUGAGUGACGAUACUACACCACAGUAUAAGAUCCUUUCAAGAGCCAUUGAAUAUGAGUUGGACACUGCAUUUCUGACCAGUCCGCUGAAGUCUCUAUUUAACGAAAGCCAGGUGACGGAAUUCAGUUCUGGUAGUGUCAGAGUGUUCUUCAAGAUCGUGUUCCGCGUCACUGUAAUGCUUGACGGACAGGUGGAUACGUCAAGUGUGAACGUCACUGACGUCAGGCAGACGAUAGAGGACGAGGCAAGGAGGCAGCAGACUACACGAACCAAUGGCUACCUCAGUACAGUUAUGGCAGGAAGCAUAUCGGUCAAACUAGCUAAUGCCCCAGUCGUAUUAAUGGGAGACCUUUUUCUGAAUGAGGCUUGGAAUGAUUCCCUAAAUGACCCAACAUCGCCAAUAUCUCGGAAGCUGACAGCUCAGCUUAAGGCAGAGUUACAAGCCACCUUACUAAAGUUGACAGAAAACGACUUUCUCGAUGUAGAGAUUUUGGGAUUCAGGCCGGGUAGCAUAGAGGUUGUAUUCAGAAUUGUGAUGACAAUUAAUUCCACACAAAAUCAGUCGCAAAUCGAUGUAUCAACAAUUAUUCAAGCAAUCCAAAACGAGGCAAACCGCCAAUUGCAACAAGCGGUGUCUGGUCUUCUUCAGAAACUUAUAACGCUGACUGUGGACAACCAAACUUUGGCCAAUGCAACAUCAUCAUCAGUCACAUCAAUUACUCCCACUGUAGCAGCAACAAAUCUAGCAACCACUACCGACUUUGCAACAGCUAGUACUUCUUCUACACAGUCAACAGGAACAAAAGAGGUAGCAACUACCUUUGAACCAACAACUACUAUCGAAGCAAGUGCAACAAUGACUACUCAACAAACAACGUCCUUUAAUGCAGAAACUACUACUGUGCCAGUAAAAAGUACCUCAAAACCAACAAUUUCGACAGAAUCAAUCAAAACAACUUUUCAACUAGAAAUAUCUUCUUUUAAACUAGAAACUUCCACAGAUCUAAUCACGGCUACUACUCUAGCAAGCACAGUCACUACACAAUCAUCAGCAUCUACUUUGGAAGCAACAGCUAGUUCUAAAUCAGCAACAACUGUGAUUGAACCAACCGAAGCAACUAUUCAACCAGGAACAACUUCUUUCCAACCAAAGACUUCUUUUUCUGAAGCAAUCAUUUCUAGUACCCAACCAGCAUCAAUUACUUCGACACCAACAAUAAUUUACAGUAAAUCAAUUGCAACAACUCUUCAACAAGCAACAACUUCAUUAAAACCAACGACAUUCAGUGAAGUAAACACAAUUAGCAGUCAAUCAGCAACAACCUCCUUUAAACAAGAAAGUAUGACUGAAGCAACCAAAACUACUAUUCAACCAGCAACAACUACCAUGGAAGCUAUAAAAGUUCAAAACCAGCAGCAACUUUAA